AUGGGUGGAAAUGCGCUGAAAAAUGUAGUAACUCGUCGCUAUGCACGAAAUGAAUACUAUAUAUUAAAGGAACGUAUAUUAAACAAACUUCAAGGACGUAUUGAUCAAUUCGAUGUGCCUAGAGAAUUUCCAUGCAAAGAAUCUUUUGGUGAUAUCGAUGUUCUUAUGGUAUGUCAAUCAUCAAUGAAUAUUCGAAAUUUAAUUGAAGAAUUAUUUAAUCCAAAUGAAAUUGUAAUGAAUGGUGAUGUUUAUUCGUUUGAUUUUGAACAAUUUCAAGUCGAUUUUAUUCUUGUACCAGAAGAACAAUUUGAUAAUGCAACUGUUUACUUAUCCUAUUCCGAUUUAGGAGGUUUAAUUGGCAAUAUUUGUCAUAAAAUUGGUUUGAAAUAUGGUAUGCAAGGUCUUUGGAUGAAUGUACAUACACAAGAAUUCGAUCCGACAACAACAUCAACCAAGUUAAUAUUAUCAAGAAAUGUUAAAGAAAUAUUUGAUUUUCUUGGCUAUAAUUAUGAACAAUAUAUGAAAGGUUUCGAUAGUGAAAAUGAUUUUUUUCAAUGGAUAAUUGACGGAAAAUAUUUUCGCUGUGUUUAUUUUGAUGAUCAGCAACUUAAUCAUGCACAUCGACAGCGCACAUCUAAACGUCCUAUUUAUAUCAAAUUUCGAGCAUAUUUAAAUCAACUAUCAAAAAGUGAAACCAAUGAGUCUUCUCAAGAUCACAAUGAAUUUAUUCGUAAGAUUCGUCAACAAGCAUUAAUCUAUUUUAAGAAAGAAGAAGAUUAUCAUCAAGGAUUAUGCCAACGUGAAGAAAAAAGACAGCUGAAAGAUAAAUAUAAUGGUCGUUAUUUUUGUGAUAUCGAUGAUGGAAAACAUAUGGUUCGAGUGCAUAUGAAAAACUUCGAAAAGCGUUUUGGUAAAACUGACGAAGAAUUUCAUCAAUGGAUAGUUGAUACUGAUCAUGAUACCAUUAAAUUAGAAAUUGAGAAAUAUAAAAAUGAAAUCAAACAUAGUCAAUCUUCUUAA